AUGCCGUCGUCGCGCGUCGCGCGUCGUCGCCAAACUCGCGCGGGGACGGCGCCGAUCGCCCCCGCGACGUGGCGGUUGCUCGUGGCGACCGCGCUCUUGAGCCCGAGCGGCUCUGCUCGCGGAGGCGGCGGCGGCGGCGUCGCGCCCCGCGCGCGGGCGGAUCUCGCGCGGACGACGACGACGACGACGACGACGACGACGACGUCGCGUCUCCGCGGCGGCGUCGUCGUCGCGGACGCCGCGGUCGUCGUGGUCGACGACGGCGUGCUCGCGCACGACGGAUGGCGCGCGUCCGUGACGUCGCCCGCGCUCGAGCGCGGCGACGACGACGCGCCGAGCGACCCGGGCGCGGUCGAGCUGUCCCCCGGAGGCGCGCUGCGCCUGACGAGAGCGUCGUCGUCGAGCGCCGGCGCGGACGACGACGACGACGACGACGACGCGAGGGUCGUGAUCGUCGUCCUCGGCGCGCCGAACGACGCCGCCGACGCCGCCGCCGACGCGUCGCUGACGAUCGACGCGUGGACGUCCGAUGGACUCCGGCGUUCGUGCGCGCUCGAUUGGCGCGGCGGCGGCGGCGGCGGCGGCGGCGGCUGGCGCCUCGCCGCGGACGCCUCCUCCUCCUCCUCCUCCUCCUCGUCCGCUCCGUGCACGCUGCACGCGGUCGCGGCGGAGGAGGCGGACGCCGCGGCGACGCCGAGCGGCGCGCGCGCGUACGCCAACGGCACGCGCGCGCGAGUGGAGCUGGGGCUGGGCGCGGCGCGCGGCGAGGGCGAAGGGGACGUCGUCGCCGUCGUCGUGCGCGAGUCCGCGAGCGUCGUCGUCGACGCGCCGUCGCCGUCGCCGUCGCCGCGCUUCACGAUGUCCGACGUCGUCGUCGUCCACGCGUCCGACGUCGAGAUGCUACGGUGGGCGUGGCUCGAGCGCGCGGCGAGGUGCGCGGCGUCGCUGCGACCGGAGGUACGCGUAACGUGCGGGGUAGACGCGUUACAAACUACACCCGAAUUCGGUCUCGCGCCGACGGUGGAGACGCUGACGGGCGGGUGCUGCGACGCCGUCGCCGCGUACGUCGCCGCCGCGUGCGAGUGCGCGAUCGCGCUGUUCGAGAAUAGCGGUAACGGGUUAUCGGAUGGCGUCACGACGACGACGAUGACGGCGGCGGCGGCGUUGGCGCGCGUCUGCGGCGUGCCCGCGGCGGCGACAGACGGCGGCGUCGCGUGCGCGGAAUCGUCCGCGAUUCUCGCCGCGAUUCGAGACGCGAACGCCGCCGCUCAGAACGGCCCUCACGCCGCGUCGUCGUCGUCGUCGUCGGCGGCGGCGGCGUCUGAGGUCGCCGCGAGCGGCGCGCGCGACGACGAUCUACCGCCUCCGCCUCCGCCGCCUCCGCCGCCGACGAUCGACGAGUACUUCGACGCGUUCCUCGCGUGGCUCAACGCCCCGCCGCCGCCGCCGCCGCCGCGGCGAUCCGUGAGCGUCCUCGCGUCGUCGCCGCCGUUCAACCCGGACCCGUCCGCGUCCGGCGACGGUUCAGGGUUCGAAUCGACGCGGACGGUCGUCAUCAUCGUCGCCGUGAUCGUCGCCGCGGGGAUAGCCUUCGCGCUCGCGUACGCGGGCGUGAGGUGCUUUCGAUCGCCGUGCUGCGCGGCGCCGGACCUCGGCGGCGGCGGCGAGCGCGAUCGCGACCGCGAGGACGGCGGCGGCGCGCGGCGGGGAAGAGACGCGCUCGUUCGCCUCGUGCGGCGGUGGCGGGGACGCGGCGCUGAGGACGAGGACGCGGAGGACGCGCGCGGGGGCGGGGGAGACGUCGCGGUGGACGGCGACGGCGGCGAGGGCGGGAAGAAGAGAGGACGGCGCGAGGAGGAGGAGGAGGGGGAGCGGGGGGAGGGCGAGGACGCGCGCGCGUUCGCCGUGGAGCGACACACGCUGUGA